AGUGGUCUGCGACUUACCUGCAAGUCAGAUUUCUACCAUUGUGCAGCCUUGCCUAUUACGCAAGCGACUCUCCACGCCACUCCCAUCGUCGCCAUCUGUGUUUCCAGACGUAUACAGAUACCCAUACACUCGCGACGAAUUCAUACGAAACCAACACUGUCUUUCCGAAGAUGUGGACUUCACAGCGCGCAACGCCUCGAGCUGAGCGCACAGCAUCUAUACACUCAGUCGCCUCGAUAUACGGCGGUCGCCCAGAAUCAGUAGCCUCGAACCAGUCGUUUGCGGAGAUAAGAGGUUACGACUCGGACCAGUCGUCAGACACAGCCUUCGGUGACGAACAGAUGGCUGCACGCCCCGUGAGCAAACUCGUCAUACCAGCGAUAUGGCAGCCCCGGCCCAAGGAACACAAGCCUUUUCUUCCUGCAGAACGACCAGUCAUCGAGGCUUGGAGAAACGAGUCUGUUCAAGAACCUGUUGUCAGCGUCGUGCCUCAGAUUCUGCACACUACACCUCAAAGCCAACAGAAUACUCCUAGCAGUGAGGCAGACAAUGACACCGAGUCUCUUGCUUCGACGCUUGAUGGCGAAGAGCAGGUCCCAGAAUACCUUGAGAAGACACCAACAUCGAUUCCGGUGAUGUUCUAUGCCGACGAAGCAAACGAUGAGCCCGUGUCACCUGCUCCUGCACCGCACGUUCCUGGGCCUCUGGAGUCCCAACUUGCUGCGCUAAUGUCAAAGCUUAUAUACAUCGAGCGAUCAGAUCCCGUGGCUGCUGUCGAGCCAGCCGAAUACCAGGAGGUGACAGCGCGACUGAAGAAGAUCGAAGAAGAGAAGGCACAACUCUGGAAACGGCACACAGCGAUCUGGGCUUUGAGAGACGAGGACCUGGAGAACAACAUCAAGAUACGUGGGUUCUUAGCUAAGAAGGAUCGGCAGCUGGAAGCAAUGACGGCUCUUCGCGACGAAGACCUUGUGAAUGUCCAGGUCGUAAGGAACAAACUGGCAGACAAGACACGAGAGGUCGAACGCCUACAAUCGCAGGCAGGAACCAAGAGUCCUACUCGAGGAAGGCCAGGAAGCUUUAUCGAGCGCCGGGCCACGAACGACCUCUUUGCUGCCGCCAAGUCAGCAGCACUUGAGCAACGCGUGCUUGAGUUGGAGAAGAGAAACUCAGAUCUAGUCACACAAGUGGAGACCUUGAGAGGAGGUGCCAGUAUCGACGACCUUAACCGCAUGACAGCGCACCAGGCCUGGAAGGAUCAUGUUCAAGAUCUCGAGGCACAGCUCAAGGCCAAGGACGUCGAGUUGGCAAAGCGAUCAAGUGGCAGCGCAACUGAAACUAAGCCGAGUGCCAGUGAGUGGUCGAGGAUCGAGGCGAUUGUGCAGGAGCAUGGUGCGUAUCGAGAGAUAGUUGGUGGGAAGCUACAGGCGCUCAGGUCGGAGAAGGAGGCACUCCAGAAGCUCUUGCACGCAAAGGAGGAUGAAUGCCACGCAUUGGAGCUCAACAUGCAAAGCUUGAGGCGGCAGAUAAUGGCCGUCUAGUUGAGAAAAGUGGCGGAGGUUUGCAUAAGGGCUGGCGUAGGGGCUGGUGUUGUGGCUGGGAUAGUCUUUCAAUCCUUAGUUGGGGUGUUUUUAGCGUUGGCGAUUUGGCUGAAACGGCA